UCUGAUCAGACAAUAAUUAUAACUGGAGGGACUUCUGGAAUAGGUAGAGAAACCGCGAUGAAUCUUAGUAUGAGAGGGGCGCGUAUAAUUCUACCCUGUAGGGAUGUAAAAAAAGGUUAUGAAGUGGCAGGGGAUAUAAAAAGUGAAACACAGGGAAUUAUUGAAGUUGAAGAGUGUGAUCUUGCUUCGAUUCCUUCAAUUAAAAGGUUUUGCGCUAAAGUCCUAGAAACGGAGUCUCGAGUCAACAGUUUAAUCUACUGUGCUGGAGUAGAGAAUACUCCACAGUGGACCACACCGGAGGGAUUCAACUACCAGUUGACCGUGAACUACCUCUCCCAGUACCUAAUGACCUUCUUAUUGCUCCCUGUGAUAAAACAUUCUGCACCAGGUUCAAGAAUAAUUAAUGUAAGCUGCCAUUCCCACAGAGAGGCAACUCUAAACCUAAGCACACUUUUUACCGAGAUGGAAAACUACUCCACUAGAUGCCAAACCGCACUCUCAAAGCUGUGUGUUGUUCUGCACUCAGCUGAACUGGGCCGAAGAUUGGAUGGAACUGGGGUCACCGUGUACUGUGCCAAUCCAGGUCCUUGCAACACUAAAAUUGUAAUAAACCAGGUCCUUGCAACACUAAAAUUGUAA